UCGUGGCUGCCCUGCCUCUCACAAUAGUCACUUGAAUAUACAGAAUCACUGUGCCGUGGUGAUGUUGACUGAUGCAGUGCAAUCGAUAUACAGAGUAACAUCAGCAAAAGAAAGAUUCCUGCCCCAAGGAGCUUACAAUCUAAAAUAAAAUGCUGACAGUGAGGAAGAAAAAAGAAGAGGCAAGGAGACAAGGUGCUGGAGCAACAAAUGGAAAAGACAAGACAUCUGGCGAGAAUGAUGAACAAAAGAAAGUUCAAGAGGAUUUUGAUAUAGACAUGGAUGCGCCAGAGACAGAGAAAGCUGCAGUGGCGAUACAGUCUCAGUUCAGGAAAUUCCAGAAGAAAAAGGCCGGGUCCCAGUCUUAGUCUCUACCUCAUGAUUUCUACCAUCGCCACUUCCUGGUAUAUCAGGAAAUGAAGAAAAUAAAUAAA